GCGGAGCGUGCGCGGGGCCCGGGCCAUGGCGGAGCCGCUGUGGCGGACCCCGCCGGGCCGCCUGGCCCCGCCGCACGUCUAUCGCAUGGCGGGGGCUCUGGGCGCCGAGCUGCGCCGCCUCUCCGGCCGCUUCGGGCCCGAGGCCGUGGCCGGGCUGGUGCCGCCCGUGGUGCGGCUGCUGGAGCUGCUGGAGGCGCUGGUGGCCCCGGCGGGAGCCGAGGCGGGGGAGGCGCCGGCCGGGCCGCAGGAGGCGGAGGACCCGGAGCAGAGGCUGUGGGAGGCCGAGCGCCAGGAGCGAACCCUGCACGGCCGCCUGGCCUGCCUGGAGGAGCAGAACCGGCAGCUCCUGGGGCAGCUUGCGGAGAGCCAAUCCCAGGAAGAUAGCACAGCACGGAAGGAGCGGGAGGUGAUGCUGCGGCUGAAGGAGGUGGUGGACAAGCAGAGAGAUGAACUUCGUGCCCAGGCCCACGAGAUUGUUUGCAAGAGCCGAGACACGGAGGCGCUGCAGGAACAGCUGCAUCGCUUCAUGUCCAUGAACGAGGACCUGCGGCACAAGGUGGCCGUGGUGCAGGCUCAGCUCAAGAGUGCUCUGGAGCAGAAGUCGGACCUGGAGGCUGCGAUGCUGCAAAUCCAGAAGGAAAUGAGCAGGAGGAGCAGGACGGCCCAGGAGACCCAGCAGCCAGAGCCUGGCCUGGAAGGAGCCCCAUCGCCCACGGAGGAGCCACAGCACCAGGAAGGGGACAGGAGCCCUGCUCAGUGCUGCUUCUCCAAGGAAGAGGUGCAGCAGAUCCUGCAAGAGCGGAACGAGCUCAAGACCAACCUGUUCCUGGUGCAGGAGGAACUGGCCUAUUACCAGCGGGAGCUGCUGAACGAGGAGAGAAUUCCCGGCUUCUUCUUGAAUGCGAUGAAGUCAAAUAUCAAAAAACAGAGAAAAAAAAUCAGAGCCAAAAUGCUGGGAACGACAGAGGAGUCAGCAAGCAGUGAUGAAGAUGAGGGCUCCUGGCUCCCAGCUCAUGGCACAGACUGUGUGGAUGCUCAGCCUCCUGAAUCCAAAAUUAGGAGCUUUUUUGGGCUGUGGUAUCAGGGCAGCAACAAAGAGCCCCCCACAUCCAGCUGCUCCGGCACCUGGGAAAUCAUCGACUCGCUGGACACGGAGGUGGAGCCAGAGGGAGAGAAGGAGCCGGCAGCCAGUUCCCCCAACAGAGCCACGGCACCCCUCUGACCCCACCGGAACGAGAGCUGAUCUGACCUCACAGCAGCACUUCCUGACUUCUCUUCUUCUGGUGUCUUGGAGAGCAGCACGGCAGCCCUGGCCCCUUCCCUGUGCCGUGGUGAUGGCGAAGCCAGAGCGUGGGCAGAUUGCUGCAAACCCCCUGGGGCACUCGGGUGUGGGGUGCCAGCCUGGCAUGGGACACCUCAGCACCUCUGGGCAUCUCUGCCCAUCAACCACCCUUUCACUGUGCCCAUGACUUAACUAUGGGGGGUCCUGCACAGCUGUGCCCCCCACACACACUUCUCCCUGCUUGUAGCUCGGUGUGGUGAGGGUCUCCACCACAAAAGGGCUCUUCCCCUCCACUGGUGGCAUUUUCUGCCAAACCCCCCUGCUCAGAGCCCAGGAUCCCAUCGCCCGAUCCUGCUCUGGGGGGGGGUUUCACUUCACCCCUUUCCAUUCAUACCUCCCCCAUCCCUGCAAUGUGAAGGUUGAGGUGGAGUGUCCUGGGGUCACCACACAGCUGGAAGGGGCUGAGCACACUGCACCAGGUGUCCAGGUGCUCCUGUAGCUGGGACAGCCAGGAUCAGCACUGCCAGUGCCACUCCUGCACUUUUUAGGUAUGGGGUGAAUCAGUUUUGUACUGGGACUUCUUCCUGCUACUGCUGGGACAAUCCUUGUGUUUGUGGGGGCCAAUUGGUCCCCUCAGGUCAGGUACUUUAUAGCUUUAAAACUGGAGUUGGAAAUAAAUUGAUCACUUGUUUCUUCUCUGA